AUGUCUACCACAGAUAAACACUCAAAACCGCCCAUCCAUCCACAAUUUUCUCUAUUCCGAAAGCUACCACUAGAGCUCAGACUUGAAGUUUGGCAACAUGCCCUCAACAACACAACAGUUGAGCGUAUUAUCAACGUUGCAGUUUAUAAUCGGCUUUUUGUGACAUUUCAUUGCUGUUGGACUACAGGCGGGAACUUUUGUGGCAAACAUGGUUUCUGUAUCAAGAGAUACCAUUCUGGGCUUUCAAGAGACAUAUCAGAUUGCAUGACAGAUGGCUAUUUUGCCGUCACGAACAGAUUCCCAGAUCCUCAGACAUCGGAAUCUGAGUCUGGUAUGCUUAAUAUCAGCCUAGCCUGUCAUGAAGCUCGCAAUGUCGUCAUCCGGCGAUACCCUAAACUCCUUAGGAUUUACCGGGGCAAAUGGCACCCUGGUAUCGAGAGCCGUCUCGUGCGUUGCUGCCCUGCCACAGACAUACUCCUUAUUUCCGCCGUACCAGAUUUCAGUAGUAGCAACCCUGAUGAGGACCUUCCGAGCUCAGAUUUUUUUUUUCAGCGACAUCAAGACUACCUAGAUCGAAUCUUCCCACGCGAUGACAGUCUUUUCAUGGCCUUUCGCGAUGUUGUGUCAUCCUUCCAACAUGUUGCAUUUUACUAUCUUGGAAUUUUUGGGUCUGAAUCCACAUCGGAGAAUACCUCUGGGGAUGAGUCCCGCUCGAAAGUUGAUGCACCUACAAAGAUGGUUGAUCUCCACUCUAGCACGGAUUUCCAUGCUCUCUUGUUCUAUUUUGGGUCUCUAAAACAACUUAUUGCGUGGCCUGAUCCACAGUAUUGGCCUGAGGUACGAGAAAAUGCGGUCAUAGUUAGUGAUAUGAAUGAUAAAUCGUUCCCUGGAGUUAGGCGUUAUGGGCCUAUCUAUAAUAUGAUUGGGAGUUUGAGAGACCUUAUGUCAGAUUAUAAUGAGAGUGUGGAGACUCACAAUAAUCACUUUGCAGAAGAUGAUGAACAUUGGACGGUUAGGGCGAAACCGCUGGAGCGUGUUGGAUGCUAUGCUGCGUCCUCUUGGUUGGUUGGCCAUGGCACUGAGAUUUAA